UUCAACAACCAUAUAACUUCACUAUAUAAUCAUAUGAGUGUAUAUAUAUACACAUAACUUCACUUUGUUAGAAUUGAUCAACAACAACCAACAACACCCAAAACAACAUGGCUUCGAGUACCACCACUCAAAGCUACCCCAUCAAAACGAUUGUUGUUUUGGUUCAAGAAAACCGUUCCUUCGACCAUAUGCUGGGUUGGAUGAAAUCCCUUAACCCUGAAAUCAAUGGUGUCACCGGUUCAGAAUCAAACCCGGUUUCCACAUCUGAUCCCAACUCUAACCGGGUUCAAUUCGGCGACCAGUCAGUUUAUGUCGACCCGGAUCCGGGUCACUCGAUCCAAGACAUCUAUGAACAAGUUUUUGGAGAGCCAUGGAGCGAAGCUUCGGCGGCGAAAAAACUUUCGCCGUCUAUGCAAGGCUUCGCUCAAAAUGCCGCUAGGCAAGAGCUGCCAAAGAACGCAACUGCCACGAUGACAGAAACUGUUAUGAAUGGGUUCAAACCGGAUUUGGUACCGGUCUACCGAGAGUUAGUUAAGGAGUUUGCGGUUUGUGACCGUUGGUUCGCUUCGGUUCCUGCAUCGACCCAACCGAACCGGCUUUAUGUGCACUCUGCAACGUCGCAUGGGUUGAGUAACAACGACUCGAAAAAGCUUAUUGGAGGGUUACCUCAAAAGACCAUAUUUGAUUCUUUGGAUGAAAAUGGGUUCAGUUUUGGGAUUUAUUAUCAGUAUCCACCAGCCACCCUUUUCUACAGGAGUCUUAGGAAACUGAAAUACGUGAAUAGAUUCCACGAAUUCGGCUUAACAUUCAAGAAGGAUUGUGAAGAAGGAAAAUUACCAAACUACGUGGUGAUUGAACAAAGAUUUUGGGACUUGUUAUCAGUACCAGGGAAUGAUGAUCAUCCAUCUCAUGAUGUUGCAGAAGGACAAAAAUUUGUAAAAGAAGUGUAUGAAGCACUAAGAGCUAGUCCACAAUGGAAUGAAAUCAUGUUUGUGAUCAUAUAUGAUGAGCAUGGUGGCUUUUUUGAUCAUGUACCAACCCCUGUGGAUGGAGUGCCAAGUCCAGAUGACAUUGUUGGUCCUGACCCAUUCAAGUUUCAGUUUGAUAGGCUUGGUGUUAGGGUUCCAGCCAUCAUUAUUUCUCCAUGGAUUGAGCCCGGCACAGUGUUGCACGAACCUUCUGGGCCAUCCUCAACAUCACAAUAUGAGCAUUCCUCUGUUCCAGCAACUGUUAAGAAGAUAUUCAAUCUACCUGAGUUUUUGACAAAGCGUGAUGCAUGGGCUGGAACACUUGAUGGUCUUUUAACUCGAACCACCCCACGAACUGAUUGUCCAGAGAAAUUGCCUGAACCUAUCAAACUACGAGAAGCUGCUGCUCAAGAAGAGGCCAAGUUGAGUGAAUUUCAGGAAGAAUUGGUACAAAUGGCAGCAACUCUAAAUGGGGAUCACAGAAAGAGUACAUACCCCAAAAAGUUAACUGAGAACAUGAGUGUUUCGGAUGCAGUUAAAUAUGUUGAAGGUGCAUUCAAGACAUUCUUGGAUGAGUGUGAGAAAGCAAAGAAAAAUGGAGUUGAUGAAUCUGAAAUUGUUGAUUGUGCUAAUGGACAUACACAAUCCGAUUCCAAAAAUUUCGUUAACAAGAUGUUGUCUUGCAUUAUCUGUGAUCGAUAAUUGACUUGCACAGUUUACACAUAGUUUCUGCCUGAAACACGUGCUGUUAUGUGGACAAUUGGCGUUGGCAAUGGAUUCAAUGUUGAAUAAAAAGUUGAUUUAUUUAAGAGUAUGACUCAUCCCUCAUCAGAAGAGUGAGUUAAGGAUUUGAACUAUGUAUUGUAAAUCAACAUUG